GAAGAGUCCAAUCUACUGCGGCCUAAUCUGCAAAUCCUGCGACUUUCUGCGACUCUUGCGACUCCAUUAUCACCGCGGCUGAGACAUUAUGACGCCUUAGACGCUUUGGGAACCAUGUUAACUUCGUCGUCGCCAACUAUAUUAGGAGCAACAAGCGCAUCACCGAGGACAUUCCACUAUGCAACCCCUCACUCUCCACAACAAUCGCCUAAGAUAACGGUGCCCCUGCCACGCCGCCAAUCUAGACAUUCACUAUCGCGCUCCUCGCCCUCCAAUUCUCUACGAUCUCCGUCGCUCUCCAAACCGAAGCAAUAUGUUGGAGUUGAUGCCGCUACCCAAUACUCUCCUAUUGAACCUUUCGAUCCAAUGGUCCCCUUACGAUCUGCCCAGGUAUCGGGUCCAAGGAUAUCGAGCUCCACCGCUGCAAAGAUAGCGACACCGACGACGGCACCACCUCAGCCCAAGCCACAAUCCGCCGUCCACGAAAAUUCUUCCGGACCUACACCCUCACCCAGCAGACCGGCGAGAAGCCAAUCUCAAACACUUUCUCCUAACAAGAGACGCAAGUCACAGGAUCCUAUCAGACCCAAUCCGUCUUCAUCGGUAGUGGCAUCAAGUCAACCGAGCACGCCCAAGAGGUCGAAACCUAAUGAGUGUCCUCCCAGGGUACUACCUCUGAAAUACGAGUUAUGCGAGGUGGAGGACAUGGUGAUUCUUAUCUCGAAUAUGCUCGGGGAGCUGAUCGAGACCAACGAUUCGAUAGCCAUGAAAAGUGGUCAUCUUACACGGUUCCACUCUAGGACGGCACCGGCUAUCUCAGUCCUGGACUACUUACAACGACUUGCGAAACACGCCACGUUGACCCCACCUCUUCUUCUCUCCAUGGUGUCUUAUAUCGACCGUUUAUGCGAGUACUAUCCCGAUUUCACGAUCAACACCUUGACUGUUCAUCGUUUCCUGAUCACUGCCGCGACGGUAGCGGGGAAGGGUUUGUCGGACUCGUUCUGGAAUAACUCUUUCUACGCGCGAGUAGGCGGUGUGAAAGUAGCAGAAUUAAAACUGCUGGAGCUCGAGUUUCUAACCCGAGUAGACUGGAGGAUAGUACCAAAUCCCGAAGUACUAGUUGCCUAUUAUAAAGGGCUCGUCGCACGUUGCGCCGGAUACGUUUUGGAGGGGGAACAGUCCUCUUCAUCCAGCAACGGGGAUGAAGUCGAAGAGGCGGUGGAUUUAUAGCUUACGACGCAAGACAUGAAGGGAAGGUAACAGAGAAGACCCCGCAGUAAAAGCAAGUAAAGGUCUUACUCGGGACACUACGCAUAUCGAAAAUAUUUUGAUCCAGGAGUUUUCCGGGGGGCAUUGGUUGCAUUUGGCGUUAAAUGCACAGGGAUUGGGUUAGUACGAUCGGUUGGUUAGAGGCAUGGCGAUUCUAUUUUACGACAAGGAGAUCCUAGGACAUACCCAAUAGUUGUGGUGUUCAUAGUGAGAGUACGAAGUUCGAGGGGAUAUCUAGUAGCGUACUAGGUAUCCUCUUCAUGACCAUACAGCCGCGAUGCAACAACCAGUUAAUGAACCUCAAUGUUUUUCU